CCGGAAGUAGAGAGAAGUGGGAGAGGGACGUCGUAAAUCUUCAGGAUCACCGUCACUUUGUAAACAGACCGUGUUGAAACGCCAAAAAAUUUAUCGGGACGUGAUUAACGUUUGUACGCUGACUAUUUGGAAAAGUCAUUUGGAGGGACACAAAGGGCAUUUGCAUCCAGAGGAAGAGACCGGAGUGUGUGACAUGGCAAGUAGAGGUGGAGCAACGCGACCCAAUGGACCAAACGCAGGCAACAAGAUCUGCCAGUUCAAACUAGUGCUCUUAGGAGAGUCUGCUGUCGGGAAGUCCAGUCUUGUACUACGAUUUGUCAAAGGCCAGUUUCACGAAUUCCAAGAGAGCACAAUUGGAGCUGCCUUCCUGACUCAGACAGUAUGUUUGGAUGACACGACAGUCAAAUUCGAGAUCUGGGACACAGCUGGUCAGGAGCGUUACCACAGUCUGGCUCCCAUGUACUACAGAGGUGCCCAGGCAGCCAUUGUGGUCUACGACAUCACUAAUGAGGAGUCCUUUGUCCGGGCGAAGAAUUGGGUUAAAGAGCUUCAGAGGCAAGCCAGUCCAAAUAUUGUAAUAGCGCUGGCUGGGAACAAGGCCGACCUUGCAAAUAAGAGAGCAUUGGACUUUCAGGAUGCACAAUCAUACGCCGAUGACAACAGCUUGCUAUUCAUGGAGACAUCAGCCAAGACCUCUAUGAAUGUUAAUGAGAUAUUCAUGGCUAUUGCAAAGAAGUUGCCUAAGACUGAGCCUCAGGCUGCUGGUGCCCCCAGCGGGCGGAACAGGGGCGUAGACCUGACAGAGACUGCCCAGCCCACCAGUCGCCCCUGCUGCAGUAACUAACCCAACCCUCCCUGGUCUGACCUCCACCCCCAACCCACACACCAACACACAUCCUUCAUCUCCUUCCCGCCCAACCAACUCAAUAACAUCUGGACAUGGGGUGCCUCACCUCCCUGACAUCUGACCUGACCUAUGACCUCACUCCCUGGAAAUAGCUAAAGACUCUGUAUAGCUGCGUUUCUAAUACUUUUUGGUUCUUUUUUUUUUACUUUUAUUUUUUUAAAUUGUAUAUCAGUAUAAUGGAUGCAUGUAUCACUACAAGGCCUAAAACACAUUUUA